AUGUACAUUGGAACAGUUUCGGAGUUGAAUUUGGCGAAGAAGUCCAACCAGGUGAUGAAGAAAAAAUCUAACUAGCUAUUAAACUUCAUAAUUGAAGAUAUGACUAGUUGGGUAAUAAGGUUUGAGAUCAGCUUAGUUCUAACUUGCUACUUUUUACAAGGCGUUAGUAGAAAACCUAACUUUACGCUUACCGGACGUUGCGUACCCAGACGAUUUGUACCCAAAGUUGAGAUGAUUCGUACCCAAAGCUAAGGUGAUUCGUACCCAAAGUUUAGGUAAUUCGUACCCAUGCAAUAAUUAAUGCGCGUUAAUGGCAGAAGUCUCACCUUCUGGAAAAUUAAGGAGUUUCUCAAAGACGGAAGAACGAUAUUUUUUGAGGACUGACAUUUUGCUGUAUUUCAAAAAAGUAGCGACGUUACACAAAUAACCUUGUUAUUUAGGGGUGAUGAAUGGCAAAAUUUUACCUUUGCUCGAUUUGCUCGCAACAUUUAAACGAGUGCUCGCUUGCUCGUGCUCCCAAAAUCUUUGCAGUUGCUCGCAUGCUCGCUUUCUUGUCAGUAUUACUCGAAAUGUUGUAAAUCCUUCUUUGGGUUAAAGUAAAUGUCAUUCUGUAUGGUGCUUAAUUCCUAUAAAUAUGGCUAUCAAGUUCAGUGGAAAUGCACUCGAUAAUUGACAACAAUAAAUAAUAAAUCAGCUAAUCUAGCUAUAUAUGGUUAAAAAGAGAAGAUUUUUGUUACCUUGAGUUUCUCUGAGUUUCUCUACCGCUCUACUCACUGGGCUUUAAUUUGUCCGUGUUUUCAAUAAAAACGGUUUGGGAGCUUUAGGAUUCUUCCAGAAGAGGUUGUUCUGACAUGAGGAUCUUGUUCCUCUUCAAGUUCUUCUUCAUCCACAUCAUGCAGUCAUGUCCCUUUCUUCAACCCCCCAUGUGUGCUCGAGACAUUCUUCGAAGAGCUCUUGGUUAAAAUCGAUAUGAAAAUCUUCGUCUGUGAACUGCACUUCCCAAACGGUUCCAAUCACAAGAUGUUUCUCUACCUGAGCGGUGAACUCGUAAUUGAAUAUUAGACAAUCUUCUGGAUCGCUUGCGUACAGGUGUGUUUUUACUGUAGACGAAGUUCUCUUACGGUUUUGUGCAAGCUUUCCUAAAAUAAAGGGUCCACUGAUCCCUUUGAACUUAGCGACGAGUAUCACAUCGUCUUAGUUCGCAACAAGUGCAAUACUCUCCUCUCUCUCAACAUUUUCUUCAUUCACGUCAGCUGUUACGCUUUCUUCUUCCAACCUUUCAGUGAGGUCCUCCAAACUCGCUGGAUUGUUUGGAAGCUUCCGUCGGCCAUAGGCGCUGAUAGGCAAAGCGCCUGGAUUUGGAUUUGAUUGCGCUCUGACGCUCCGCUGUCGUGUGCUAUCGCCAUAAGUUCUAGCCCAUUGCCUAAUCUUUUCCACAUCUUCUUUGCAUCCUUUCCUCGCUACAGGGCUAAGAACCUUUGGAAUCUCUUUAAAGACAACCAUCCCAUAUAUAGAGCGUAACCUUCACGCUUGCUUUUGAAAGCACCUCGGCGAACUUUCUUCAAGUUACUUUCCAUUUCUCCGGCUAAAUGAGCAAACAAAUAACAAUGCUGAAACGGAGGCAUUUGUUCCAAGGAUAAUGUCCAACCAUCGCUGGGCCAUGUAACUCUCUUGGGAAGAUUAUCGCUGGUUUGUUGUGAUCGCAGCUGGCGCGCAAGUCGAAGUCUACGAAGAUGUAUCCAUCUGGAUCGACGAUUUCCUUGUCCUGGCCAGAUAUUUGAUAAUCCUUUAUUCUAUUAAAGUGAAAGACACAGCUGGAGCCUGAGAAAAUCGCUUUAAUUCAUAAAAUACUGACAGAACUACAAACCUUGCAAGUAAUUCUCUUCGACUCCCACCCGCACUAGCACCUCGACUCUUUAACCAACGUUUAAGUGGUUCAUUAUGAAAGAUUUGAGGAUCCUUAUUUUUGAACGAUGUCCCUGGGACAUCGUCCUCAGUCAAAACAAUUCUUCUUGAAAUUUUCGAAAUUUUCCUUGUUUUCAUGACUUUUCGCAUUAGUUGCCGCCAUUUUUUUUUAACUUUCGCGGUCUUAACUACUACAACCAUAAUGCACAGCGCGCAUGACGUCAUCAUUCAAAUGGGCUAUUGCAUUAAUUGCCUGUGAAUUGUUGCUGCAAUUUAUCGUGCCUCUCACCAGCUAUCUUCAAAGGGUUGUCCUAAACCUACUCCAAGCACACACGCAUGCCAAAGUGGUCAUCCAAUCACUUCGCAGUGAGCUUAAAGACGGGUCCUGGAAUAAGCUGUAUCAAAUGGCAGUAUCUGUUCUGGCAAAGCGUGAUGUCCCAGUUUGUAAACCUAGACUAGCUGGCCGAUAGUUGAAUCGAGAAAAUGUUCCAUCAGAUUCAGUAAGUGACUACUACAAACGAGCGAUGUAUUAUCCAUUCCUUGACCCUAUUGCUAUAGGAGCUUGAUUCGCGUAUUGUCAAACCAAGUCCACUGUUUGCUAUAACAAAUCUUUUGCCGAAAAAUGUAGGCAACUGGUCUCCAGCUAGGAUCAGUGUCAAACAAGUUUUGGGCGCGUGCAAUCCCGACAUGCCGGAAGAAAUUAGACAAUUACAGGCAAGUGCGGUGGAAAACACGUUGGGAUAGAGUGCACGAUCCUCUGGCCACAGUUGUUAAAACACUUCCUCACUGUCACCCGCAAGAGUUCCCAAAUUUAUCCAGGGCAUUUACAACACUUUUAACUCUACCAUUCACUACAGCAACUGCAGAGAAGUCUUUCAGUGCACUGAAAAGCCUUAAAACCUGACUCGCUCUUAUGCAUUUCCACAAGCAUGAUGUGUCAUUCAGUGCGGAAGAUUCAACUCCAGAUUCAACUAACUACGCAUACAAUUAACUAGCCUGGGAUAAGGCUCCGCAGUGGGGAAAGGGCAAAAAGCGGGGAACGAGAAAAAAAUAGGCGAGCGGGGACUGGGGAGUGGGGAGGAGGGAGGGGCGGCGGAGCCUGAAGACAUGCCUUUGAUGCCGCUGAUCCGCCCUCCAGCAAUUAACCUGUCAUAGAAAUGUCAACAAAGGCAUGUGUCCAGGCUCCUCUGCCCCUUCCUUCUCCCCGUUCCCUACUUUUCGCUCUUUCCCCACUGCGAAGCCUGGUCCCAGGCUAACAAUUAACAGAAACACUUGUGAAGGCAAAACCACAACGACCAAACCAAUGAGGGUCCGCCGGAUCUUAAGUACACCUGGAUCAGUAAAAUCUUGUUUCCCAAAUUUUAAGCUUAAAACAGUAAGCUGAUCCUCACGGCAGGAAGAGUGAUAGAAUAACUAAAGAAAGAAAACAACAAAUAAAGUGGUAAAUUAUAUUUGCCCCAUAUUUCGGUUUGCAACACAAACCUUCAACGGGGGCUAUAAAAGAAAAAUGAAUACAGAUAAAAGGUGAACGUUGCAUUUGCGAAAUUUGAAUACAUAAAAAACAGAAAAUGAUAGGCUACUAAAAAGAUAAAUGUCACUAAUUGAGUUCAUCACGUCUAUUUAUACCAUGAGGUUCUAAAGUCAUAGCUUUAUCAAUGAGGUGAGCUUCGCGUGCCUUUCUGACAGAGUCGCGUUUGCUACGGAUUAGUUCUUAGGGAAUAAGAAGGACGUCAUUGAUAGAGUGAUCGGCUUGAUUAAAAUGUUAGGAGAUAGGAAUGGGAUUAGAAAAGUGGCCGUAGUUGAAAAUGGAGCGGCGAUACUCCCCAAAGCGUUGGUGGAGAUGGUGCUUUGUCUCCCCAGUGUACUGUUUACCGCACUUUUUGCAUUCAGAGAGAUAGAUAAGGUUUCUGGAUUUACAGUUUAAGGGGUCAUGUAUACGUCGUUUCUCUUUGGAGGAGGUGAAGGUAAGGCAGCGUGGAUGAUAUGCAUUUUGUUACGCCGGGAGGUGGUCUUGUUGUAUGCUACAAUCACGUAAAGUGUCUUAACUUGGGAUGAAACGUGCCUGGUUAAUUUCUUUUUUAAAAAAAGUGGCUGCUGUAUCCUCGUAGUGUCAGAAAGUUUAUAACUUUAUCGCAGAGUUUAUUAAAGAAAUCGUCAGUGGAGCAGAUGCGACGCAGACGUAAGGUAAGGCUGAAAUGAAUGGUGCGUUUUGUGUGGACAGGAUGGCACGAGGUUUUGAGAAGAUAUUGGUGCUUGUCUGUGGGUUUUGUGUGGAGAUCAGUUUCUACUAGGCUGUUGUCGAGAUGGACUUGUACAUUUAGGAAGGGAAGACUGAUGUGAAGAAUUUGAAAAUUCGUGUUUAAACUUGACCGUUGGAUGGAUAGAGUUGAUGUAGAUGUAAGAAAGUUUGAAGAUUGUCUUCUCCUUCUGUCCACACCAUGAAGAUGUCAUCAAUAAACCUCCACCAAACGUAAGGUUUGAAAGGCGCGUUUUCGAUUGCAGAUUGUUCUAAUUUUCCCGUGAAUAGGUUAGCGUAUGAAGGUGCCAUUCAUGUUCCCAUGGCUGUCCCGUGGAUUUGAAGAAAGAGUUGGUUGUUGAAAUUGAAGUGGUUCAUACCAAGAAUCAUUCGGAUGAGGUCACAAUUAACAGUCUUGAGGGUGUGAUCUGUCUAGUGUAUUACCGGGUCACCUUAGGGACGGGCCUGCAACAAGUCAAAAACCUUGCUACGCCCCUGACCAGCACAUUUCUUUUGUUUCCCACCACCACCACAUUUCAAUCGUUUCCCACCACGACCACCACCACUACCACCACAUUUCUAUUGUUUUGACUCCAUCACCACCACAUUAUGUGUAGUUAACGUUAUUCACAAUACCCGCCAUCUUUGCUCGCGAUGUAAGACUGAUGGGAUAAAAGCAAUGUCACAUGGUUUCGCAUGGGGCAAGCAAGUGAAAACGAUUGCCAAUGCAAGAAAUCACGGUUGAAUUUGUUUAUUCUAGAAUACAAUGUACAGACAAUAAUCAUUGUUACGGUACUUCUUUGGAUGCAGUAGCAACCGUAGAUUUCCUUACAGCAAAUAACAUUGUUAGACAACUGAUUUCUUUGCAACACUGCGCGCUCCCUUUGGUUACUUCGAGCUCAGAUGACAUUAACAAUGAAACUGUUUCCCGCCAAAAUAUCUGAGCAGGCAAAAUUGCAGAGGAUAACAGUGCACUGAUACCUGCGAAUGUUGACCGACGACCGCCGUUACAGUGACGUUUAAUAAAUUUUCAGCUUCAAAAUUUCCAGCUAUAUAAUGAAUCACUUAUUCGCCUCAGUAAACAUGGAAAUUUUUGGGAAACAAAAUUUACUGUUUCCCUCAGGACCAGUCAUUUAGUGUUUAAUGACUUAAAAAAAUAUUGUCAAAACUCGAACUGUACAUAAUACACAAAAAUAAAAAUAAUAAUAAUAAUUUUUAUCCAAUUGAUAAAAUACAAAUCGAGAGUUACAAAGUCAUAAAAAAAAGUCAAAUUAAAAAUUACAAUUAAAGUAAUAUCAUAUUCUUAAGUUAUAAUUAAGGCAUAGCCUAUUUACCAAACAGUUUUUGAAACACUCAGUUUUAACUAAAGGUAGCUGAAAUGUCUUUCUGCGAAGCCUUUGGGAACAGUCGUUUACAGUCGGUAAAAUAGAAUAUGAAGGAUGGUGUUCGUCCUCUCUAAUUUAUCAUAGAGCUUUCUGUCAGAGUGUUCCAAAGUACUUAAUUUUUCUAAGAUGUAGCAUCUUUUAUGGCAUCCAUUAGAAAGCAAUCCAUAACAACAAGGUCAGCCUUAACUUGCUAGUACAAUAAAUCGAGAGUCUCGAUGUCAGUUUUGAGAGCACGAUUGUCAACGUCUUUCUGCCCAUAGCCCUGUUUUCUUAAUCCUCAUAUUACAAACAAGCGUUUGUUAGCCACGCAUAAUUUGGUCUUAACAUGUUUGGAAAAUUUACAGUUGGAUUGCCAAUGAAAGGAAGCAACUUCGCACCCACUGGGCGCACUUUGAGAACUACCUGUCUCCAAAGAGCUAUUUUAGACUUGCAAGGUACAAACUCCGAACCUUAGAGCAAGAGGCUGAUGAGACAGUUGAUUCAUUUGUGAAGAAAAUUCCAAUCCUCGUGGGAGAGUGUCAGUUUAUGAGUCCCGAUGAACACAUCAUCGAUGCACUUAUUUUUGGUUCUAAUUCGGAGCAUACGCAAACUAAGCUUCUGGAAAAGGACGCCACACUUACCCUUGACACCGCUUUGGAUAUUGCAAGGACAGAUGAAGUCACAAGAAAUCAAAUCAAGGGGAUUGUAACCGAUAAUUCUGCGCGAACUGAUGCUCUUAAGCGUGGCCAGGUUCCUUCUAAUGCAGCAAAUUCACCCAGCAAACCCUGUGGCCCCAUCAUUCGUUUAUGUGGAUGCUGUGGUUGAUAUUUCUCAGCGAACCUUGAGUCCAGCGUUUGGAUCAAUUUGUGGUGCAUGUGGUAAGGAAAAUCAUUGGAGGAAAGUUAGUCGCUCAUCAAAGCCUAACAGGAAAAAGAAAAAUGCAAGGGGAGGUUCCAAGCAUUCCAAGUCCUCUAAAGAGAAGCGUGGCCCGGAGAAGCAUUUGCAUACCCUGGAGACUCAUGAUGAAGCCGAAGUUGACAAUGCAGCAUAUCUACCAGAACAGCUAUAUUUCCACACCCUGUUAAUUGACCAGGUUACAAAAAUGAUACUCAAGCCUUCUUGGAGCUGGAAGUCGAGGCUGAUUAGCGUAAGAAACCACUUGUGUGCAAGGUCGACACUGGUGCUGAGGGAAACAUCAUUUCUCUAAAUUCCUGUAAGUCUCUAUUUCCAAGCUCGCCAUGUAAUCCUAAUGGUAUUCCUGUUAACUUGGCAUCAUCCAGUACUACCAUAGUUGCAUUUGGUGGACAUCCUGUUGAUCGUCAUGGCAUUUGUCAUCUCAAACUAGCUCAUGGAAGUUCAUGUAAAUACUACAUGUUCCAUGUUGUUGAUGAAGAUGGUCCAACUAUCUUGGGCCCACCUACCGGUACAGAUUUAAACCUGGUUAACAUGAACUUUAGUAUGACAAGCCACAAGAAAGAGUCCAAACCAAGUGUUGUCCAGCAGCCCAUUUGCAAUCCAAACCCAGUGGCCAAGAGGGAGAUACCCGAACAGAAUGGUAAUUGCUUUGAAAGCGUCGGUUCCUUUCAGGGUUAAUUUCAUAUUACAGUCGAUGCUGCGGUUUCUCCAGUUGUGACUAUCAAAUUGUCAUCUCGUUUUGAUAGAAUAUAAAACAAAGUCGACUGCGAUUACUCGUAUAAGCAAAUUUUAACUCUUAUUUGCCCCCCGAAAUACCACGUGACAUUUCCAUCGCUCAUAUAGUCUAAACUCAGUAAAGCCAAAGCCGGGGGCUUAUACGGCCUGUGGUCAGAAUGACAGAAAUUAUUUUAUAUAGAAAUGAAGACUGUAGGCUAAACUACAAAACUAAAACAAGAUACAAAAUUGAAAUUAAAUAAGUUUACAUGCAUGCAGUCCUAUAGCAGUCCUAUAACAGUCCAUACCUAGUGACAAAUAAACUAACAAUUAGCUAUGAGAAUCCUGCGCUAGUUCAAUUUAGGCUUAAAAAGUGAAGUUUUAGUUUCUUUUUGAAGUUACUAGUGGUAAGGCUGUCACGAACAGUCAAGGGGAUAUCGUUCCAAAUAGUCGGGGCUUGAGAACUAAUCGCAAAUUGAUACCUGAGGGACAUUUUAUGCAAAUUGAAACGAGAACGAGUUAAAUAAUCAUGAAAAUCACCAUUAAAGUGGAGGAGGGAGGAAAGAGAGGCAGGUAAAAGGUGAUUAAAGUGUGAGAAUACAAAACAAGAAACAUGAAGUUUAUAAAGUGAAUGGAGAGAAAGAAUAUUAAGCUUCGAGAAAAGAGGCUUAGAACGAGUUCUUGAAGGAGAAAAGGUGAUAAUUCGAAUGGCUUUCUUUUGGAGUAGAUAGAGGGGUUCAAGGUAGGAGGCAUAUGUAGAUGCCCAGAUGAGGUUACAAUAGUUGAUAUAAGGUAGAAAGAGGGAAUUAUAUAAGGUUUUUAGAGUGACCGAAGGUAAGUGUCGUCUCGAUUUAGACAAAAUUCCUAUAACCUUAGCGAGUUUAUCGAUGGAAGUGAUGUGCGGUUUCCAUGAAAGGUUUUCGUGAAUAACUAUUCCACGAAAUGUAUGUUCCUGUACCCUGCUAUAGGGGUGUUAUUUAUUAAGAUGUUUAAUUCUGAAGGAUUGAUCUGUUUACGUCGUGGAUGGAAGAUGAUGAAUUUGGAUUUAUCAGGAUGAACAGUAAGCUUGUUUGCGUUAAACCAGGAGGAGACAUGAGAAAGCUCUUGAUUAACCAUUCUAGUUAAAGUAGCCAAGUCUUUAUGACGAAGAAACAUAUUGGUGUCAUCAGUAAAAAGGAUAAAUGAAUGAUAAUUUGAAGAGAAAGAAAAAGAUCAUUAAUGUAUAGGAGGAAUAAUAAGGGGCCAAGAACAGAACCUUGAGGGACCCCACACACAACAGUAUUAUUAGAAGUAACAUGACCAUUAACCAUAACAUACUGUUGUCGGUUGUCUAAAUAGCUGGUGAGCCAAGCUAGAGGAAUACCACGGAUACCAUAAAAGUUGAAUUUGUCAAUAAGUAUCUGAUGAUUUACAGUAUCAAAUGCCUUCUUGAGGUCUAAGAAAAUUCCAAUAGCGUAUUCAUUACUUUCAAAGCCUUCAUAUGUAUUGUUUACAAAUUCGAGGAUAGCCAUAGUUGUAGAAUGAUGUGGUCUGAAGCCAUAUUGAUGGUGACUAAGAAUUUCAAAUUUUUCAAGAAAUGCAGACAAACUGAAGUAAAAGAGUUUUUUCAAAGACCUUGGAAAGACAGGGGAGAAUAGAAAUAGGCCUGUAGUUAGAGAACAAGGAAGAGUCAUCACAUUUGAAGAUGGGAAGGAUCUUGGCUGUUUUGAGCUUACCUGGAAAAACACCUUGAGAAAAUGACAGAUUACAGAUAUGGGUUAAAGGGGCAGCUAUUAAAUCAAUAGUAUCUUUUAUAGGGGAAAUACAAAGGCCAUCAAAACCCUCACAUUUACUAUUUUUUAGAGAAUGGACUAUAUUAGCAACCUCAGUGGGAGAAGUUGGGUUAAGAUAGAAACACUUUGCGUAAUGACCAAUCAGAAACUCUCUAUACGUAAUUUGAGUGGGAGAGAUUUUAUUUGCCAAAGAAGGACCAACAUUAGCAAAGAAAUUAUUAAACUUUGUAGCUAUCUGAGUAGGAUUUGAGUAUGAACCAGAACUAUCUUUCAUGUUAUUGAAACGUUGCUCAGGUUCCUUUUUGGAGAUAAUCUAUUUUAUGACUGACCAUGUCUUUCUUAAAUCUGAACUGACAGAGAGCAGUUUGUCAUGGAAGAAUUUUUUCCAAAAAGUUGAGAAUUAGAGGAGCAUCAAAAACCACACGUCCAUCUUGUUCGAUAACCGCUGACCAAUCAUUGCUUUUAUCCCAUCGAACCUAAAGCGCAUGUAAAGAUGACAAGUAUCGUGAAUGAGGUCUAUUCCCUGCAACCAUGUAAGCGGUAUUAUUAGACCCCUUGACAGUCAUAACCUCUUUAUAGUCAGAGUAUCAUUAUGUGGUUACUUUAUUACGAAGACAACAGCCCCCUUCCUUUUUAAAAUGUGGAGAUGAUAAAUUGUUUUCCCCUACCCUUCCAUGGAAUUGAAAUCUUCUCAAUGCUAAGCAGUGCGCGCGCAUGAACCAGCAUCAUUUUGGUGAAAAAAGGCGAUAGUCGUUGAUAUUCUACUACGUCAAACCCUGCUUUACGGACACCCGCUCAAUGCGGACACCUCAUUAUUACGGACAGUUUUCUUUGUCCCUGGGGAAAGGAAGCCCUUACAUUUUCUCUAAAUUCAACCCCCUUUAUAACCAACCCCCGUUAAUACGGUCUAUGGUCCCUUCUGUGUCCUUAUUAAUCUAGUUUCACUGUACGGGUUUCCAGAGAAUGUUGUAGUGGCAGAAACAUUUUAUCAUAAGAAGUUAUAUCAUUUUGCUCAACCUCUUUCAAUUAUAAUACGGAAGUUGAUUUUUCUGAUGAAAAAUGACUUAAAAAUUAAACGUUCUGAAAUGAAUACGUGAUAAAAACUUUAAGUCAAAUCCAGUAGAGAAAUCGUUUUACACCUUGUUCUCUAAACUGUCACAACUAUGGGUUUAACCUUCCUGUUUUGUAUUUUGUGUUACUUUAACUCUUCAUCUAUCAUGUCCUUAAGGCAGAUGUACGAUCUCCUCAAAACCUAGAAAGUUAUUUUUAUCCCUUUUUUUGGCAGGAACUAGUCAUAAGUUAUUUCAAACAGCCAUGGAGGUUCAACAAGAACUUUACUGUAUUCUUCAGUUUGGCACUGCACUAUAGGAUAAAAGGUAAUCAAAUAAUUAAAAUCAAGUAAUCAAAAUCUGGGCAAGCCUUUUUUCUCGUUAACCCUAAAAUAAUGCUUUAUUUGGCGUUUUCGUUUACGUAUCAACUUUCUAAGUAAAAGGCAAAACUGGCAAAAUUUUGGUUGAAAUACCAUGAGAAAGAGAUAAUUUCAAAAGAUAUCAGGAUCUUCUGGGUAGGGUGGACUGAAGUCAGUUAUUUAUAGUGUCUUGUUACCUGCUAUUCCUUUCUGACUACAAUUAUUUUAGCUGCUUAUAUGGCUCCUCCCAAAAACCAUGAAACAUUGCAUUGUUGUGUAGCGUUCAUGUGUACUGGACUAUAUAUGUAGCACACUGAUAUGGUUAUUUUUUCCGUUACUGAAACUUGGCUUACCUACAAAAAUGUCGCCACAUUUUCUCCUAGAUUCAAAACCCAAGUUUGCUGUCGUAACAACUACCAACGUCUCAUUAACGGCUGGAGUGAAUGGAGUAUCAGGAUUGGCAUAUCAUCGUCUUAAUCAUGAUAUAUUGGUUUGUUUAUCAAGAUCUUACCAAGCCAUUUAAAUUUAUAGAAAACCUUCAAGCACGUGAUUUAUGUGAGCAGGAUAAGUCAUUGAACUUGCAUUGUGUCUUUAAACCACUCCCGCUCCACUCUCCAGCUAGUGACCAAUAAAUUCUGACUUUAAGGUAGUGGUUGUGGGGAGAUAAAUCACAAGAGAAAUCACUGCUUAAGGACGGCGAGGAGAUCCGGGGUUCAAUGUCUAGAUAUGGCUAUCUCAAAUCCUUGUUUUUGACUUCUUUCAUUCUGCGUGUACCCACAAAAAAAGCUGACAAAGACGGGCGAAUUAUAGUAAGCAAACCAUCAGCUUCAAGGUUUUUAGUCAGAUGAUGGUUAUUUAGAGCUACCAACAUACAGAAAGGAGGACCUUGAACCGGGCUUAUCACUCAUUGAAUGAUUCUGUGUUAGCGACGACCCUUUGUAUUUUUAUGUGAUCAUUAAUCAGUUUCAACUCAUGAAUGCGGGUAGUGUAGCAAGGAGUUUGUGCGGAUGCUGCAAUGUGUAAGUGUGUCACUCCUUCUAAGGCGUAGACACCUCAUAAUUAGUCAUUGGGUCUGAUAUGAAAACAACAAUAAUUGUGGUAGCUGGUUCUUAUGUCUAUUCAAAAGCAUGCGUUUAAAAAACUUUGUUCUGGUAAUCACGUUUAUUUUGUGACAAAAUUGCACGUGUUGGCAAGCGCAUAGGGUGGCAUUUUUCUUGGCCGACAAAACUGGAAUCGGCAACCACAGACAAAGUGACAAUUUUAUCUUUCGCCUAUCAAUGACGACUGACAAUCUUUUUACCCACAUUUAGCACUCAAAUGUCAUAACAACGUUGCCAGAAUUCCAGUUGCUUAAAGUUAUGAAAAUUUUUAAUUUAUGGUCGAACAUUUUUCAUUUUCUCACCAUAACUAACAGAGUACAUCAAAACCUAUAAUCAUGUACAACACUGAAGACGAUUAAAAAAAUAUUCAUUACUACUAAUACAACUAAGAAAAAUGCGAAAUAAGUACAAACAGAUGGUAAUAGCAAAGACAUUGUUGUACCCAAACCCGUUCUUCAAAACACUUUACGUGUUCAGUGACAUGAUAUUUAGAAGGUCAUAUUGCAAAUGCAAAUACCUUUGGUUGCAGUUACACAAGGAGUGUUUUGCUGUGUUUAGGCCCUAGCAAAAGUUUACUUUACAAUACCCGGACUAUUUCUAUUAACGUACCCAUGAGUUGUUCACAGUUUACUUUGAUUCAGCAAUCCUAGUGAUCACAAUGAGCAUGCAAGGCAUCCUUAACUCUGCUCUGUGUUUAUAUUUUCACUAAUGUUUUAGAACUAUCCAUCAAAUAGUUACUUUACGGUUGAAGAUAUUACCAGUUGGAUUGAUGCGAAUAGAUAUGAGGUAUUGUGUUGUUCACUGAUAUCUAAUAAAUAACUUGAUUGCACAGUAUAAUGGUUUUUCGAAAAAGUAAAUGUUUUACUGAAACACAUCCUCAAAAACCUGAUCAUCUUGAACUAGGGCUGAGUAUUUCUGAAACACAUUCUCAGAAACCCAGAUCAUCUUGAAGUGGAGCAGAGUAUUUGUGAACGAAAUCAUUACAAAGUGUUGAACAAGGGAACCCAUGUGCUCUUGACUAUACGAAACUAAUUCGAAAAGCUUUUGUAUUAUCAAAUUGCGUCUAUAACUUUGACUCCUCCUCAUUGUUCUCUGAAUCAUUCAAACAUGUCCACUUUGCCACCUCAAUUCGAAUGGUUAACAGUCGAACGGACUUCAGGCUGUGCUCUAAGGAAAAUGGAAGUGAGCCUGGUGCUCUGAAAAUGUGAAAUCUAUGACGUCCAGCAUAGGAUUUUUUGUAUGAAAAAGUAAGAUUUCUUGGUCGCCCAAGAGCAAAAGUAAGGACCCCGGCCAGGUGCCAGUGGGUGCAUCUCUGGUUACUGGUAAUUCUAAAAGUUGUUAAAUGAGCUAGGGGCUCUUCCUUGUUCUGGUAAACUGUGCGUGCAAUGUGUGCAACAUGUACACUGCAAUCUACUUGUACGUUUUCUUCACAUCUUAUAACAUUCUUCCUGGAAUUGUGUGAAUGCAGAUUCAAUCAAAACACAAGAAACGAAAUAAAAUACACUUACCUGUGCUGUAUUUUGACUUACAAUGAGGUUAAGACAGGGUGAAAAACCAGCCCACGUCGCUUCAAGAUGAAUACAGUACAGUUAACUGUAUUUUAUUUCAUCUCUUCACAAUAAGCUACAAUAUUAUUUUUUUAAUUAGAGCUGUUCCCAUAUGAACUCCAUAAAUCGCUUCCUUACGCAAUAUUGCCAGUUGGGUGAAUUUUUAACAAGUACGCACAUAGUGAGCUGGUUUCAGUGGUUGGUACUUUUGAAUAACAGAUAUAGCUUGUUUGUAAACAGAUAUCUUCCCUAUACAACAUCUGUCAUUCGGUUUUCCUCUUUUCAAGAAGUACUCUUUCUGGUAUUUAAAGAAACUUGCUCUCACUUCAACACUGGCAUUUUGUUCUCACCUGUCAAGGGAUCACAGUAUGAGUUCAAUUCGAUCUUCGGGAAACCUCAUCCCUCAUCAAGAACAGUUGAAAGUCAACUGACUUAGAAACAUUUCCUGUUAAGUGCAGUACAUAAACUGUUAAGGUGAAACGUUGAACUUUCCUCUUAGAAUUGGACAACAUUGUCUGCCCUUAUUCAGUUAACACAGUCAAACACGGAUAUGGGUGUAACUCUUACGUAUAAUACGACAACAGUUAGUGUAAAUCAUAGUUCCCUCUUCGCAGCUCGUUACAAUGCUUGAGGUUUAUCCAACCACCCGUAAGGGAAUACGUAUAUACCUGGUGACAAGGGUGUUCGCUGACUGGAGGUUAAAACGAUCGUUGUUUCUUUUUAAGCUUGUUGUGCAGCUGGCGCCGAGUUCUGACAGAAAAGAACAUUUUGUACACCGCCUGAGUAAGGGACCAGCUCUUUUGCUGUUUUUGCCAAUGAAGCUGCACAUGUGUCGUGUGACGCAGAACAUUCUAGAGACUGUAAGUUGUAGCUGUAAUAUACCUUACAAGGUUUAGGAGACCAGUUUUAAUGGGUUUUUUUAAUCACUUUCUAAAUUUUUGACAAACAGAAAGAGACGUGAUUUCCAGUCUAUUUAAAGGGAAAAUGUAGAAGAUACAAACUUUUUUUGGUAUUGGUAUUUUUACCGCUGUUAGCUGUAUUAGUAUUUUGGAAUGUUCUUCAACACAAUAUUGCUAUUAAUGAUACUGUCUUCAUUACUUGGGGGGAGCACAAAGUAAAGGAUUCGCGACGCUCAGAAAUGUCCUCAAAGCUGCUUUUUUGGGACAAGUCCUCUUUUCUGUUUGAGUCAGCUAUUUCGCGAAGUGAGAGCGGAAUUACCUCGAGAUAUUUCGAGAUCAGUUCGAGUUCUUUGAAUUAUUCCUUAAUUUAUUGGAGGAAGAAAAAAUUAUUAUUUUUGGCUUGCCCGGGGUUUGAAUCGAUUUACCUGUGACCGGUCAGAUCAGAUGUGACUCUUAGCUGAGCGAUUAGCCGAUUGCUCCACCUCGACCCAAUGUAUUUUGUAAUGUGAACAAAUGGCUUUAACAAUUUUGCACUAGUUUCGGGACAAGAUUGGAAAUGCAAGUUCGUGAAACUUGCGUGACGUUUCGGCUUGUUUCAGCUAUUUGACGAAGUGAGACGGGAAUAAGACGCUAAGGGAGCGUUAUGCCACGUUAUAACCUUUGCUUUUAAUAUACUCCGUGUUGGCUCUAGUUUGCUCCAAAGGUUCAGCCAUGGGUUUCUUCUGUUUUCCUCGCUCUAGAGCACAAUCAUGACCAUGCCAGAAACAGCCGUGAAACUGGUAGACUGUUUUCGUCUCAGUGUGAAAUGUUUGUUGUUGAUGGUAACGGUGGAAAAUGAUAGAAGGGCCUCCAGUGUUGUUAUCUUUAAUGAGGUGAUACAAGUCACUAUUAGCUUGAUCAAAGAGACUGAAGUACGUUUGCGGCGAUAGGUACACAAAUAAAUGCUUUAAGGUGAGGCCAGGAACAGAAAUACCAUCUUUAAACAUGUCAAUCUUCUUGCUUGCCAAAACUGACUCAUUUUUUCUACUACUUCUAAGAAAGGUACUGCAUCCAGAUCAUUGUAUCAGACCAAGAAAUCUUUAAAGGUGGACAUUUCAUUUCCAUACUUACCAAGAAAUCUUUAAAGGUGGACAUUUCAUUGCCAUACUUCUUAACAAUACUCGUUUUCUUCGUCAGCGAUGUUUUGGUUCUUGAGAGUAGAGUAGAAGGCAGCGUGAGGGGUUAAGGACGUUUCUUCUUACUAUGCAGUUCGUCUAACCGGACCGGAAAAAUCCUUUGGUCUGUUCGCACUCGUACGCUUAAAGGAACUGAUCAUAGAUGCACCCGGGAGUGAGACAGGUAGAGAUCUAGAAGAGCUUCAGGAAGUCUGUCUUCAGGCACAUGUGAUUGUUGUUUCUGUUGACAGUAAACUCGAUAUGAUGAUGUUCUAUCAUGUAAGGGAACAUGAAUUCUUAGGUAGCAUUCAGAUUGUACUUCCAGGAAUUGAACUCGAAGACGGGCAGUUCUUGUAUAUAUGCGUUCAGUUUUUCUUCUUAUUGAAUAAGGACUUUGUGGUCACUGGUUUGUUCUUGUCCAAAUAACAUGUCUUCAUACAUUGCCAGUUCUUGUCGCUGUUGUCUUGUGUCUCUGUCAAGUUCUACAUGGAAUCUUCUAUAAAAGGAGACAUCUUCCUGUUCUUCUCUUUCAUCGUCGAGAAACGCGCCGUCUCGUUCUCCGAUUCAAUCUCCUCUUCAUCGUCUUCAUUAUCACUCGCCAUUAAGUCAAUGUCUCUAGUAUCAUCUUCGAAUUCUCCUUCUUCACUUUCAGUUUGCUGACCUCCUUGAAUACCUACGAGAAUUUGCGCCAAUUGGUGAGAUUCACUGUUAUUCAGAGUUCUUGCGGUUUUAAGAGCUUCAAAUACUUCUGUGUAUUGUUGACGCAGCAGAGAUGAACUUUUUGUGCUUAUAGAAAUUAAGUACUGAAUAAAUUCUGUAAUUAAUCCUUUUGGAUCGCCAUCAGUCACAAAACAUUUAGGCGAUUGGUAGCCAGGCACGUUACUACAGGCAUUAACACUACUCUCCACAUGGCUAGAUUCCCAGGUUAAUUUGUCUGUGUUUUCAGUUCUUGCACUUUUUCUUUAUCGAAGUAGCGCUCAAAAUCAAAUGUGGCUCUGUAGGGAAAAUGGCGUGCUCGUUCCCGGGACGAUAAUACUCUCCUCCUCUAGUUCUUCAACCACAGUCUUUGGGACAUGGUACGCCGCCCUGAAUACUUGAGCUGCACUUUGCCGUCACAGGUCUAGCCCCUUCUCGUCUUGUCUUAAACUUGACGCACGUUUCCAGUAUUUACCACAACGAGAACAAUAAAAGGAUUUAGAGUGCCGGGCGAGAUCCUUGAUACGCGAUAAAUGGUUCUCCUAGAGGUUCAAGUAGAGCGAGCUGGUGUAGUGGUGGUGUGUGCGACAGAGGAGUGUGGCGGCAAUCUCGGGUAUAUUUUCUUCGUUGUCGUCCCCGUGGCUGUCACUUCGUUUAAUUUUCCAUUUCUUCCACUUCACUGCUGGUUGUUGUACUGUGUCUCUCUUUAGGUUCUUAGUAUGGCAGCCAUUAUGCAAAGCCAGACAGCGAAAGAAACAGAGAUUGUCUUCACAAGGCUUGCCAGUACUACGGUUUCGAUGAUUCUCAGCUAUGUAUGUGGGAAAAAAUGCCUCUUGGCCAAUUAGAUGAUCCCUGAUCUUCCACACAAACCAAGUAACAUUUUUAAACCAGAUCAUUACCUAUUUUGUAUUUGGUCUCUGUUGUCGAACUCACUCUAAGAAAUCGAUACAAGUGCUCUAAAUCUUUGUGAUUGGAGAUCAGAAACGGUUGUUCCAACACCAAAUUGUCGACGAACGGCUUUAAAUGACAAAUGGAUUCAUUUGCAACAUACACAUAUAGCUGUCAUAAAAAAAGUCUUGCGGGUAAAUGCGACACCUAUACGGGUAUGUUGCAAUUAAAUCCACCCGACCAUUGAAUGAAGAAGGAAUGAAUGAGUACGGGACUCACAAACACGCACAGGAAAAAUUCGAGCUAUUUACAUGCUAAGCAACGUGCACUAUGGCUCUACGUCUCCUUUUUUCACCCAUUUCAACUAGCCCUUAACAAUACCUAUAUUGUGGCACUCAUGUGCCUGACACAAAAAAAUCCUCACAUACGAGUGGUACAGCGACGUUUAAGUGUACACUCCGAUAGCGUCUUGUUCAGUGUUGGUUAUUAGGGACCGUUCAUUUUUUAUGAGAGAGGGGGGGCUGGUGGGAUUUGGGAGGGGGGGGGCACUCGAAAAAAAUUAGCUUGAAAGGGGGGGCCAGCCGAAAAAAAAUGAAGGAAAGGAGGGGGGCUCGGACGAAAAAAUUAGAUUAAAAAUAGGAUAAGAGAUGUUUACAAAUCGAAGAAAAAUUGUGCUCUUUUAUUUAUAACAAAUAUGCUAAAACAGUUCCAGGGUAACAAGAAAACUUCUCAACAGCUUUUAUAUUUUAUAAGGACAGUGAACAUACCAUAAUAACAGUCUUGAAUAGCAACAACUUUCUUUUCAUUCAUAAAAAUGUUGUUGUCAAGCUCAUAUAAUUAAAACCAAUAAUUUGAGUCCUGAAUUGGAACUGACCUCGUUACCAGAGCUUUUCUCUGAGAAAUUUAAUGGGAGGGGCAUGAAACUACUACGAGGUGUCCCCUUCCUCAUUUUCGACGUUCUCUUCGAUCUCGUCGUCGCUGUGUUCCUCUUCUUCUUCCUCCUGUUCUUCUUCGUUGUCUUCCUCUUCUUCCUCUUCUUCGUCGUUUUCUUCUUCCUCUUUGUUCGUGUCUCCGACGUUUGAGCUAUAAUCUUCAGGAUGCAGGAAGCAAUACAUCCUGUUUCUUACUUCUGGCUUAAGGUUGGUAAUAAGCCUGCUUUGUGCCCCGUUGCUGAAGUAGCUUGAUUGCAGUAGGUGAGCGAUGAAUGCUGCAUUCCGUGAUAGCAACAAUGCUGCUACAUCUUCAACGUUUAUGCACGCUUCCGGAAUGGGGGGGGGGGGGGGUUCCAAAAAAAUUAAUUUAAGAGGGGGGGGGGGCAAUGGAAAAAAAAAAGGCCAAUGGGGGAGGGGGUCAUACAAUUUUCAAAUUACACUCCUCCAAAUCCCACCAGCCCCCCCUACCCCAUAAAAAUUGAACGGUCCCUUAACUUUCUCUGUGGAGACAAUUUUGCCAUGUAUAAUGCACUAAAUUUUGUUGUCCAACGUAAACCAAUGUAGCAGUCCCUGAGUUAAAAAAAGAUCAAGAACAUGAUCGGUGACCGGUCUGCGUCUCAGCUUUGACAUUUCCUUGGCAUCAUUCGUGCAGCAAAAUCGUGUCAAACAAACAUGGCAUUUCUGCGAUCCCUAAAAUAAAGGUGGCUAUACUUUACUUUAUUGAAUUUAUUGCAUAUUAUCAGUUAAUGUGUACAUAAAACUAUAAAAUACGCUAGACGAAGAAACAAAGGACAGUAAAAUAAACUAAAAUAAAUAGAUGUUGUCACUGGAGCAGGAGACAGGACAAUGUUCCGGUUGGUAGCUUUCCCCAAGAACCAAAUGGAAUGCCACAAAUAACAGAAUGCCUCCCCCCAACCUUAACCGCCUUUGCCCCCUCUCCCCAUUAAAAGACACAUAAGUAACAUCCUAUACUCCACUGGCUGGGAGGACAUAAGAUAGAGUAUUGCGAGUGUAAAUAUCUAAAAUGCUUUUCUGAAAACUAGAAAGCACUGACUCGUACUUUUGAUGUCUACGGGUAGCUUGUUCCAAGUAGCUAUCGAUCUAUAAUAAAACAACACGCUAUGGGAGCGUACACUUCUGCGUCAUGGUUGUGAGAUUAAUUGUGAAUACGGAAGAAUAGUAAGAAAGCAUAUUUUCCGGAUACUAACACCUAAAAACUAAUCCUCGCACGCCGACUAUUCGGCGUUCUGCAAAUAUACCCGUGGCAAAACAUUAACUUGCCGUCCGCCCAAAUUAAAAAAAAAUAAAUCCUCGAAGUGAUCUCGAGAUAUUUCGAACUGAUUGCGGUGUCACUACGUCAACUACCCGAAACAAGCCGAAAAGUCACCAACUUGCGUGGCCAAUCUUAUCCCGUACCUAGUGCAUAACUUAUAGCUAUUUUUCACCUCUCAAAUUACUUGGGUAGCAGUGGCGCAGUCGGUUAAUCCCUCAACUUACGGUCUCGUCUAAUCUGACGGGUCACAAGCCGGUUCAAACCCUGGGCAAGCCAAAAAAAUAAUUCUUUCUUCCACGAAAGUGAAGAAUAAAUCAAAGAACUCGAAGUGAGCUCGAGAUAUCCCGCAGUAAUUCGGCUCUCACUUUGUCGAAUAGCUGAUUCAGACCGAAGACCCACGGACAAGGGUCAAAGGGUUAAGUUUGAGUAACCGAUCCUUGUAAGACAUGUCUUUCGGAAAAUUCAAAAAACUUCGAAGCUCUGCGCGGAACAUUUUCUGGCAAACGUUUGUCUUUACACGUGUAAGGGGACCAAAGUUCACUAGCGUAUUGUAAUUUUGGCUCUACUGGAUUUUUUAGGGAAUAUACCUCCCCACUCUUUGAGCGUUUACUACAUCGGCAUUAAAAAAGGUAUCGGAAAAAGGUUAGCGUAGCUGUACCAUGCUAAGAUGAAAAUUUGUCAUGAUCCCUGUUUUAUUGACAUUGGAGUUGCCAUGGCAAAAAAAAUGACGCCAGACCUUUUUUACUGGCCCUGGAUUUCUCGGUACCAGAAGUUUUUUUUUAGAAAUCGCUCAAGGGAGCUUGUACCUCCCUUAGUUGCCUCAAUUAUGAUUCUAUGAGAGCGUUUUGGAAAUCUUUUGAAAAGCAAGUUUUGGGGGUCAUACAGACAGAAAAUAAACAUAAUUGGCUAAUAUCUAAGGAAAAUUAUAAGGUCUGGAAAUGCAGUUUCAUGCUAAGUUUUGCUAAGUGUGUUUAGGAUCACCUGAAUUCAUCCGACGCAGACAGCUUCAGAUCGUCUCGCUUAUUGUUACCUAUGACACGAAAAGGAAUUUUAGUGGAGAAUUUUUGAGCUAGUGGGCUGUGAUGAAGUGGGGUGAGGGAGCUCUUCCUUUUGCACUGAAUAAAGCGACCGACUUAAAGGAGCUGUGCCACGAAAUCUAUCAAGAUUCAAAUAGUGGAAACCGCCACCAGUGAAAAACAAAAAUAACAGCUCAAAACAGGAAAUGAAGGUAUAAAUGACACAGCUAAUACCGAAGUAGGCACGGUUGGACAAACUUCAAGAAGAUUACAUUUAAGGUUUUUGAAAACUUGUUGGCCUAACAGUUUUUCAAAGUUCAUUUUUUUUUGUCUUCAACUUUUUACAUAAUGCUUAGGGGGGAAUUUGCUUGACAUAAAGCAGUGAUUUGGUCAUUUCAAUUAAUUUCUUUGCUUAUGCUAAGUUGCGUUGAGAGUAAAGACGUGUAAUUGGCAAUAUUUAAACAAAAGGAACUAGUUAGCCAUGACGCAGCCCUUUAAAAGGACUCUGCUCUCCAUCCAUUAAGCGUAAGCGUAGUUCUUACUUAGAAUUCACGUUAUAUGUUUGGUAAUUCCCCUUUUGCUUACUUAUAUUUUUUUUGUUUGGUUUUGUCUUCAUUUCAGUAUAUUUACGCAGCGUCUCAAUAUUAUAGAUGUCCACAUAAUGCAACGUCAAAAGGAGUAAAUGCUGUUCCGACUGCAGAGGGCAAAGAAGAGGGAAAUUCAUCGGAAGUAUUAGAGCAAAUCAACGUCAAGGGAAUCGCCUCCCAAUUUACACUACUUUAUUCUAUAAACCAGCAAAGAGACGUCUUAAUUUCACAAAACGGUUUGGUACUAAACAAUAGCAUUUGCAAGACAUUACUAGUUCCAAAGCAAUUAAACACGGGAAGCCGGCCAAAUACCUGCGAUUUGUGCUUUAGUUGUCAGCUUUUAAAAUGUCACCUAAACAUGGGGCAUCCAUUAGUUACCUUUCUCAACAGUUAUAAGAUGAUGCCAUUGCUCUCCCUCAAAAAUUGCUGCAGUUCAUUAAGACCUACUGGAUACUUUUCAUUGGUCUUAACGAGCAUUUGUUGUACGUGGAGGUCAGAGGGGUCACGCCAGCGAUAUUCCUCCGACAAGGAAUUCCAAGACAUCAAUAAACAAUUACUGAAGCAAAGGGAAAGUAACUUAGCUGAUUUGUUUGGUCUUAGUUCUUACAUGUCAUACCCGGCAAGUGCUUUACAAAAAUCGUUGAAUACACGAAAAGGCAGAGAACUCACAACGAAAAAAGUCAUCCCAGACUUAUCUCAAACUUCAAAGCGUGUCACAAAUUUUACAGGAGCAGGGUGUUACAGCAACAGAUCAGUCAGAUUUUUCAUCGUGGAUUCUACUGAAUAUUGGAGAGUCGCAGAGAAUCUAGGUGUCCGUAGGUCAUACGAUCAGGAUGGCAGGACAGCCUUGGUGAUUGCUGAUUUAAAGGUAGUCUUACUUGGGAGACGUGAUUGAUUUAAAACCAUUCAAAAAAAUGUUUUUGAUCUGACUGGAUUUUAGAGGCCAGUUUUCGAAUAUUCAUGUAUACUAUAAAAAUUUCACGCGGAAGUUUUGGGGUAUGAUAUGUAGACGCUUCCUGUUGCUCCGGUAAUCGGUUGCAUCCAUAGAUGUUGGGCACGUGAGUGUAAACAAUCUAUUGCUCUGUAUCGGCCAACCUUUUGAACUUAUUUGCUAUUCAGUGGAUGAAGUCACGUGCUAAGUUUCAGUUUCAGUUUAUUUAUUUAUUUGCCAGAAAAAAAAAAGUCAAUAAUAGUUGAAAGUUAAAGGGGACGUAAAUUACACAAGUAAAGGAAUAACAAAGAUUUUUUUCUGGCGAGGAAGCUCAAAUUGAUAAGACUAUAAGAAAUACGUGCAUCGCUGAACCUCGCGAGGUUCGGGAAGAAGGCCCAUAAAAUGUCAGGGAUGGAACGGUGGGAGAGAAUUGAAGUAAAUUGUGUAGCUAGGGAGGGCGAAUUUCGACACUGGCUGUAAUAUUGGAAGGUGAGAUGUAGAUAAUCUCCCUUUUUUUUGGAGUAAUGUGAACCCAGUUCUCUGGCCAUAAAAAGGAUUUUCUGGGAUUGAAAUGGGUUGGUGUUGGUGUUGGCGUUGGUGUUGUGGAAGGGUACCCCAUUUGAACCUCCUUCAUGUCUUAGCAUAGUCAAUAGGAAAUAGCUGUGAUAGUGAAUAACUGCAGGCGAAUAUGCAGUUGCAUUUGUUUAAUAAAAGCUAACCCAUUCUAUCUUUAAUAAUAAUUUUAAUGAUAAUUGCUUGUGAAGUGUUUCAGUGGUAGUGAGUGGAUGAAAUGGUAGGAGAUAAUGCUGCUGUGAACUAAACUAAAGCGAUGAGAGUGUUUGCACUUGUUAUAGUACAUAAUCACACUUGACAGCUAAUUGUUUGUAACAGUAAGGUGCAAACAUAAUCACUAAAAUAGAAAUUUCAUGUAGUAAUGUCAUCAAGGAUGUAGUUGAGGAGAAUUAUGAAAGUGAUCUUGACUCAUGAUUAUUGAAUAUGCGGUACUUUCAUUAGCACUGAAUCCCUGUAAACAUAUCAAAUCAUUUAUGAAAGUGUUCAUGGUUCUUCGUAUACGUGCAUGAGAAACAAAUACCCAUGCAAGAGUGAAUUUGUAUGAAGUGUCCAUAUACAAGUCAUGUUGAAGGUGAUCAGUUUCUCAAUUCUCAACAUGCAUGCGCUUGUUGAGACAUGGUUGCCAGAGGCAUAGUUUUGGAAAUUCCCAGACUGACGGUCAAAUGUACAUUUAUGUACACUUUCCUUGACCAAGUGAAUUGAUGAACUGACAAUUUGUCCAGAUAAUGGCUUCCAAAUUCCGGUCAAAACUUUGUGUACUGGGGACAGAUGACGUAAAACAAAAGACUUCUUUGUUUUCUGUUCAGGGAAAAAUUUCCUUGGUAUUGUUUCAUGGUUUUUGUUGUUUUGUUUUACAUAGUCUGCGUGAGAAUAAAUGAGCGGCGAAAUCAUGUUGAAAUACUGUAUAAGUUUGGAUAAAAAGCAAGCAAAUCAAAACACUUAACGGACAAACAGCAGCAAAAAAAAUAUAUAUAUUAACACGUACAUGGAGAGAAUUAGCUAGGAACAAGUGAUGGUAGUAGCACUUCGUAUAUUACGCCGGAUUUAGUGAACUGAAAAGGACUCUCAAGUCUAAUACCCAAAAGUCCUGUCCUUUCUUCGUUUUAAGAGAUUGGAAAAUACUUCGAGCGAUUGUUGGUCAAAAGCAUCCAGGAAAAAUACGACCUUGGACGUAAACUUUUCUAUUGAGAAUGUGUAUUUCGUCAAAGACAAUUUCUGAGAUCAGUUUCAAGAAAAGGCAUCAAUCUACCUGAAAGAGCCGCCCUUACCUUGAAAUUGAUGGUUAGAAUGUAAGCUUGUUGUAGCAAGAGCCUGUUUUAGUGUGCCUAUCUCUGCUUUGUUCAUGCAGUUUAGAAAUCCAAAUUCAGCUUUGAACGAGAAGACCAAAUGGGGACACGAUUAAUUAGGACUAUUUUCUAGCAGCAUCUGGCAUGCCUCUGGCGCCUUACUUUUGCUCUUAGGUGACUUGGAAAUCUUCCUUCAUAAUAGUCAUAUGCUGGGCACCCUGGAUGACCACCCUUCAAUUUUUCGUGGAACACAGGUUUAAAAUCCACUGAGACCGCCCUCUAUAUCUUCCUUCAGGUUGACCGGACUACUGCAACAACAACUUUUUUUAACUGCUCAUUGAGCAACUACAACGGGUGCAGAAUGCUUGUGCAAGACCUUCCGUGCUUAUUGGUUAAUUAAGAAUGUACUUUAAACAUUCUUCAUAAUUUAGCUCCAUCAUCCCUUUUUUUCUCUGAAGCCUCCAUCUCCGUUAUAAUGAAUGAUAAACUUUUACUUUGUCAUCCAAAGCUUGCUGAUAGGCCCUUUACGUUUGUAUCAUUUUUACCUACAAACCUAGUCAAUGCGUUUGGGACACUUAUCUUUCAUACAUAAAAAAUUGCAUUUCCUGUUAAAUACUUAAUUAUUGUCUCCCUUAUGGGGCUUUGCAGGAAUAAUGAAACAAAUAAUUCAAAAUAAAACAUAACAAACUUAAGAAUCCCAACUCGUAGAAAGCGAACCAGUUGGAUAUUUUACAGGCGUCGCCAAGGAUUUGAACUCGGGACCUGGAAACAUAUCCAGCGAGCGGUCAGGGCGGGACUUGAGCUCAGGGGCUCCAGAUUACAAGUCCAGCGCUCUAACCGCUCAACCACGCUACUUCCUUGCACAGAUUAUGGACGUCAACUUUAUUCUGGGGGCGGAGGGGGGACCUCAGGAGAAAGCUUGGUAUGGCGGUGUUUAUGUGUGUGAAUUAUCUGUUAGUUGCAAAAUCAUCUGUUAUUGUACAAAACCAUGAGAGAAAGACCGCAUUCCAGAACCUUUUUGAUAGUAUUGUAGGUUAACUUUAUUUUUAUCUUUAUCUUAUUGAUUUUAUUAUUAUUAUUUUUUGGUUAGUAAUUAUUUGGUCAUUGUUAUUUGCAUUUGAACAGUUUCCUUGUUCUUAUUUUGGUUGUUCUUGUUGCGACAUCCUCACUUAAUCAUGUUUUUUAGAAUGAUGCCCAUUUUGUCUUGGACGAGGAUGUAAGAAUCAGUAACUCCUCAAUUAGUGAGUAUGAUGUAUCCCGAGCAAAGAUAUUUUACGCUUUAUUUCUUUUUAAACGACAACAAUGUCAACAAUAAUGAUGAUAAUAAAUCUCAGUACCUUAGAACGAACACAGCCAUCCAUUUCAAUGUGUGGAGGAUAUUGCCAUGUGUGAUACUCCUUGGCACUUGGAAACAUGUCUAGUAACGGUGCCAACAAAUUCAGUACCGCUGAGCGUUUACGCUUUGCUUUUAAAAUACGAAAACUUCUCUCGUGGGGUUCACUGAUAAAUCGUUUAUGGACUAACAGACAUUCCUUUUCGAAUUCCAGUUGAUUUCGUUAUGGCCUAUAUGAAUGGCAAUCUGACAAGACGCCUCAUAUCUGGUGGUGGAAGCUCCCCAGAGUGUGCACCACUGCGGAGUGGCAAAGCUUGUGUAAAAGAGGUUGUGACGUCAAAUUUUAGAGAUAUAGUGCUAGAUGACACAAAAGUACGUAAAGUUGGUUUUGAUUCAUGUAUAUCCCAGUUCUUAUAAUCGUCAUUUGCCCAUUCAUAUGAAAUGAAAAGGGGAAUGAAGCCUUAUUUACUUUUUUGGUUACACGUUUUUAAGUUGCUCAUUAACAGCUUGCUCGGACGUCAGUUUUGUUUAAGGAAGUUAAACUCAAAAGUGUUUUUUCAAGGCCUGUGGCGAAAUACGUCCAAGAUUCUCUUCACUCUGAAACUGAUGCCAUGCCAGUAAAUGGAUAAUAAAGACUUCAGUCAGUGCCACCCUUAUUAUGUUCUUCCAAUUUCUUUUUUUACCUUUUAACGUUGUCUUUACCGCUGGGGUAAACAGUCUUACCCGCUUGAAAAACCUGGUAACAACUUGUUUUUUCCUUCACAAAGGGAACCUUUGCACACAUAUUUGUGUGAUAGAUUUUAACAGCAAAUGUCGCUGUAAGAUUUAAUUGUAGCAUGGGAUUUAAUUUGUUUUCUGACAGGAUGUUUUGUUGCUGUAUUAUGCUCCGUGGUGUGCUUACUGUCAAUCUCUUGAGCCCAUUCUACUUACUGUGUUGAAAUUCUUUCAAGACUGCAAUGAUGUUAUUAUUGCAAGGUGAGCGGAACUUUAUCGAAUGUAACUUCCUAACCUACUUGCUUUUUGCGUGACGUUAAUUCCACUAACUUUACCAAAGAGAUCUGCUUCUUGAAGCUGUUAACUCAAAAUAUAUUUGCGCGUUUUAAGUUUUUUUAGGAUAACGGCCACCUACUCCAAACUUGACUUGAAAUUGUAGCAUCGGAAGUAUUUGUAUUUGUUCCUACCUGCUCUCUAAUCACCGUCUAAUUGGCCGUUCAGUUUGCGUUCGAGAGUUAGACCAAGAAGUAGCAAUAACCGUCACAGUUCAAGAGCAAAAUGUUUCUGGUCCCAGGAAAUAAGACAAACAUCACAUUCGCGUCAUAAAUUGUUUUGUGGCACCUGUUUUUGUAAUCUUCCCAAAGACAUUACCAUGUUCAAGUGUAUUCAUUUGUUAGAGCAAGAGAACAUAAAUGGCUCAGAGUUAAUUUUCCAUAGAAGCCCUAUUACCAUCGUAAUCCUUUUACAAUAUAUCUUGAAUAGUAUUCGUUAAGCCACCGAGGUCUAGAUUUUCUCUUUUAGCACAUUCCAAAAUAUUCACAUAAUCACCCGAGAGUGAGAUGAGCGCCUUUGUUAUUCUUUGACUGCGAGGUUGGAGCCAGCUUACCGCUCAGAAUAGAUCUGGGAUGACGAUGAAACCAAAAGAAGGCCGAUGUUACAAGUCUACUAUGUUGCAACAUUCAUAGGUUCUUCCUUGCAUAUUAAUUAAUUGCCUUUCGUCUGUCUUCUGCGUACUAAUUUGGUAUAGGUAAACUGCGUAAGUGGUUAUUCAUUUCUUUUAAAAUGUUAAUUUAGUGCCUAAUCAAUGUCUAGGUAAAAUCGCGUUUCUCCAUAUCUACAGUUAAUAAGUGGAUAGCCGUUUAUAAGUUAAUAACUGUAGUUUUUAAUAGAAACGAACGCUUUGCCUAGGCUUGCCUGGUCUCUUCUAACCCUGAUUGGCUCAUGUAAAAUCUAUUACCUGUUCAAGAUAAGAACGGGUAUUUUUUUAACGCGCUAUCUCUACAGAGUGUAACUGAAAAAUCUUAAAAUUAUCCUGACCAAACAUGGGAUGUAUACAAAACUCAGACACAGAGGUUAAAUGAAAGAUCUCUAUUUCAAUGUUGAUUGGCUAUUACAAAACCGUCUUCUCUCUCGAUGAAAUGACUAUAUCUUGUUUCACGCUCCGUUAACCAGUAGGAGGGACCGAAUUAACCCCUUUUUUGCGCUGGAAUCUCAUGAACUUGGGGGGGAAUAAAUUAACGCCGAUGACGUUAUAACCUUUUGUUUUUAUCUCAUGAAUAAAAUACACAGAAAUCUCAUUGAGAUAAGGCUCUGUGUUAUUUUUAGUUGGUUGAACCGGUUUUCCAGUUUUUUUUUUAGUUAUUUUUAGACGGAUGAUGUCAUAGUUUAUUUUAAUUAUGUGUGUCAUAUCCUUCUGUGGGUAUCAUGUCAUUGUCAGUUUUUAAUUGUUUGCCUCAAUAUCCUUAUUUGGAUAUGUCAAUGUCCAAGUUUAUGUUUUGAUUGGUGGACGUCUUUCAAGAAGCAAUUUGGUUGGCUGCCGGAUCAAAGCUGUUUGCAACACGAAAUUUAUCGUUAAAUUAACAAGAAAAGACAGCCAAAAACGCCCAAUUCGCCAUUUUUAGUGCUCUGUUUUUACUGUACGUGGGCGCCGUUUAAAGCUGUCCGAGUCGUAUUAACCGAAAGUUAGAAGAGACCGGGCAAGCAUAGUCAAAGGUUUUGUUUCUAUUGAAAAGUGCAGUUAUUAACUUAUAAGCGGCUAUCCACUUGUCAGGGUGAAUUCGUAUAACCCGUUUCUUAUAUGCUAAUGAGGUGCACAAUACUGUGAUAAGUAGAAAUACGUGUAUCGCAGAACCUCGUGGAGCUCGGGGAAGGAGGCCCGUAAAAUGUUAGGGAUGUGAGGGAGGGAGAGAAAUAGAGAAUAUUGCGUAACUGGGGAGGGCGGGUUUUAAUAGCGGAUGUAAUAUAUUUAAAGCAGAGAUAUACUCAAUCUCCUGUCUGUUUUGGUUGGAGUAAACAUAAACCGAGUGCCCUGGAUUUUAAAAGGAUAUGGCAUUUAAAUGGGAUUGCUAUUAUUAAGACAGUGAAGCCAAAGUUGUGUUGUUCUUGUGUUCACCGUAUUUGACCAACCUUCACGUGUGUUUAUUGACAAAAGGAAAUGAGUGUGACAGUAAUAUGUGGUGACAUUUGCUUAAUAGCAGUUAACUUGUGCCAUCUCGUAUAAAAAAUAUUGUAAUAAUUAUUUGUGAAGGGUGUUGGUAGUGGUGUAUUCUAUAGCCCUCAGAUUCAGAUGUAGUUGUUUUUAAUAUUGCAUGGGUAUCAAAUGGAUGAGUGGAUGAAAUGCCAGGAGUAAUGCUGUAAUGAAAACAAUAAGUAAACACUGGUUAUUGGGGAAAAAGUUAUUGUUAGUGUACUACAGCAAUGAGAGCUUUUGUACUUCUUUUUGUACGGCAAUAUUGGUUGUUAUUGUAGGGUGGAAACAUAAUCACUGAAAUAGAAUUUGCGUCUAGGAAUAUUAAUGUCAUUGAGGAUGUAGUUUACUGCCAUGAGGAUUACGAAAGUGAUCAUGACUUAUGAUUAUUGAGUAUGAAGGCCUUUAUUAGCAAUGAAUCUCAGUGAAAAGUACCAAAAGUACGCAAAGUACAUACUUAUUCAUGUACAUGCAUGAAACACAUGUAUUACCCAUUCUGCCUUCUAGAGUGAAUUUGUAUGAAAUGUCCACAUAAAAGUCAUGUUGAAGGUGAUCGGGGUGAUUGAUUUCUCAGAUCUCAACAUAUGUGAACUUACUACAACCAUAAAUUGUGAAAUUCCGAGACUCACUGAAAUGUACAUUUUCUCUGACCAAAUGAAUUAACAAUUUGUCCUGAUAAUGGCCUCGAACCUCCGACCACAGGCAUCACCAUGUAUGCUAACGUGAGGUGCAGAAUGGAUUUAUUUUACAGGAAUCAGCUUGCUGUUUAAUGUCCAAUUCUUGAAAAAAAAUUUCCAAUCUAGCGUGUUUUUAAUAUUAGGAAACAAUGAAAGAAAUAUGGCAACUUUAUCACACACUAAUUUUCUGAGGAGAUCUUAAAUGCAGAUGUCCUUUUUAAGUAAUAGAAUCGAAAUGGAAGGCAAGCAAUAAUAUAUUUUUGUUACGUUUCAUUUAAAAGGCAUAGUUGUGUUUAUGUCUAAGGCUGCUACAUAUUAUAUCUUACAUGGAAUGGUUUUUGGGACGUAAAUGUUAUGGAAAUUGUAAAUAAAAAUUUUGUUGUGCAGGACUUUGUUCGAAAAAAAAAAGAACGCUUCCCUACAAUGUAUAUAUCACACAUUAUGUUCUAGACUGCUCAUAUAUAGUAGCUUACAGUGAAAUUAUCAUCUCCGAUCACUGUGAACCCGUUGUUGCUCUUGGUGUAAAUGGCUGAUCGGCUGUUUCCAUCUCAGUCCGUUUGGAAAGGUAUAAUAUAUAUAUGUUAUAUGUUUUUGUUAGCUUCUUUGGACCUAUAACCGUGCACAACGUUUAAUAGCAUUCCUAUCAUUUUGAACUUAGGCCCGAUUCAGACGCCGAACUUUUCAUGAGCCGAACCAAAUUCGAAUUAAGGCCGACCCAAAUUAUUUAGACCAGCGGAAUUGAUUCAGACGCCGAUCUUAAUUCCAGCCGGUCAAACUACUUACAAAAUACCUUAUAAUAAUUUUUGCAUUAGGUUCGAGGCCUACACAUAUGUUUUCCACCGCUGAGUACAAACUGUACCAAGCCGAUAUUUGCCUGCUACAAAAAAGAUACAGCAACGAAAAAAUAACCGUACAAAACGUCUGAAAAAUAUUUUCUCGUUACCGCAAUAUGGAAAAUCCAAUACCGUCUGAGAAAUAUAAUCCGACCUGUCAACCCUUGCAGGUUUUACUUCCAACAUCUCCUUGCUCGUACACCCCUUGCAUUUCCUUCACUGAUAUCACUAAGCGAAAGCGACAAGAAUUCCAAGAUUUGCUAGCUUAUCGAGCUGGUCUUUGAUACGAUUUACAAGAGGCGAAACCACAACAACAACAUGGCCAGUAGCAUCAGAAAUUGAGUCGAAAACAAACGAUAAAGCUUGAUAAAUAGAAGACCUUGCACAUCCAGUUAAAAGAUUUACAAACACAUCAAUCUUCUGCUGCAAAAAUUAGACCACGGCUUUUGUUUGAUAGGGUUUCAACACCCUAAUACCAAACGUUUCGGACAUCAACACGACACCUAAACUUUUUUAGUUCGCUAUCUGGUCCCGGGUAAUAUUUAAAAAAAUAACAAACACGCAUUUACCCAAAGUUGGAAAACGGCCUUUGAUUGGUCCGUAUCUACGAACGGAAGUGGCUCUUCGUUUCAGCAGACUUUGGUGGGACAGGAACGCGUGACGAACCCCCAACGAGGGCUGCGUGGGAGGUUUAGUCUCUCCUCUGUCUCUUGUUGACGGCUUCUUCGCUGGGCAAAGCGAUGCUUCUCUGCUGCGAGUUUCUUGCUGUCGUCUAUUUUUGCUCACGCUAAAUUUCAGUUCGGCAUUUUGUUGUUGCUCCAGAGGAGUUCUCCUAGGCAAGGAUUUGCAUCCACUUUUUGAAUCCAGAAUUGUUGUUUGCUUUUGCGGGCAUUUGCAUUGAAGGAAUUUGCUCAUAAUUCACCGAUAGUGUUAAAAUGUCUCUCACAGACGACGAAAUAUAACCAUAUGUAACAUGAAUGAAACACGAUAGCGCACCUUGAACCGGAAAUACAUGUGCUUCCUGACGUCACACUGGAUACGGACACCAACCGGAAAUGACCGAUAUAUAUAUUCAAAUAUAUAUGUUCACCCAAGUUCGCACGCUGCUAAGACCACGCGCGGUCAACGCGUUUCGCGCGCGACGAGGAUGUAAAUCGCUUUCGCGAGGGCGCACCGCGAGGAAUUAAUGUUCCUAUACGUUUACCUAUACUAAAUUAGUACGCAGGAAGAGACGCGGAAGGCACUUAAUAAAAUACAGUGGAACUUCGAUUUAACGAAGUGCCAAGAGGCUGGGGAAAUUUGUUCGUUAUAUCAAGGGUUCGUUAUAUCGCACACCCCCACUUAACGAAUUUUCGUUACAUCUAGGUAUAGUUAAUAAUUAAUUUACAAAACCCAGCAUUUCCGGAUCUGAAAAGUUUCUGUGAUAACAUUUCAGUACCGAGCUAUACACAGCUACGGCGCUAGAAACUCAAGAACAGGCAAACAAAACUGCUUAUAACUAUUGUGCACAUAAAUCUCAUCUUAUGCUGACAUUUAUUCGUUAUUUCGAGGUAAAUUUUACGUUUGCGCUUGUGGAUUGUGUUGGUUAUAACGAGGAUUUCGCUAAAUCGAGGUUCUUUUCGAUACAUCUUUACAUUCUGUAAUUUGGGCCGGGCUGAAGAAAAUCGUUUGUUAUACCGAGGACUUCGUUAUAUAGAAGUUCGUUAAAUCGAGGUUCCACUGUAAGUAUGCAAGAAGGCACGAAUGAAUGUUACUAAAGAGAAGGCAAACGGAAGGUAAAGGAAGACAUCAAUAAGUUAUAUCUUGCAACACAGUAGACUACUGAUAUUCAUUAUUGUCACUGCAUAUUAAAAAAAUGAACAGCUCACAUUGUUACAGACUCUGAGCUCGAAGACGACUUUGACAUUUUGUAAACAUUCGCAUCUAUCUAUUCCACGUUUCUUUGUGGCCGGAUUUGAGACACGUAGCUGUUCAGGUAGGAUUGGUCUUUUUUUCCCUUAAAAUAAAAGCGAUGAAAAUUUUCUCAGCACGAUAAACAUACGACACAUGAAUUCUUUCAAGUUCAAAGGCAUUUCUUCACCAUCCCACAAAAUAAAUCUAAACUGUUUUCUUUCGCUUUGACUCCGCGUUUUAUGUUAAAAGAAUUUCGACUGCUCAGUGCAAAAUCUUUUUAAAAAUACUGUUCUCAUUUCGCAUUCAUUUAGCAUUCUUAUUAUCGACGCGCGAGGUAACAUUACCCAGGGAUCGAUACUGUAUGCGGGAUUAAUUCUCUGAGGUCUUUAUUAUGUUCUCUUGUCAAGAAACAAAGCCUGCGUUCUCGAAUCUGGCCAUCAGUAACUGUAACCGUGCACGAAAUUUAGGUCUCAUUAGGUUCCAUUUGUGAUAUUUUCUCAUCAGAAUGUACUUUAUCGCCUCAGGAGUGAUAUAUUAAUUUUUCGGAUUGACGCCCCCUCAGAUCCAGCGCAACAGUUUUUCUUAGAAACAAACUUAUUCUCUCAGAGUUAGUUGUUGUUCUGUUCGCAUUAUAGGAUAAAUGCUGAUGAAAAUGAUCUUCCAGGGGAAUUUCACGUCUCUCAGUACCCUUCAUUUAUUCUUUUUCCUGCUCAAAGGUAUGAUUUCAUUUUACUAUUUAAGGGAACUACCGUGGAACCUCUACUUCGGGACACUUCCAUUCGGGGUAUACAAACUUGGGUCCCGUUAAUGUCUUCACAAAAUCUUUGUCUCUGUUACCUCUAUUUAGGGAUCACCUCUAUUCAGGGUUCUGGGUCCCGACACCCGUUUUUAAUCUCCAUUUGGGGGAAUCUCAGUUCUGAAGACAUGACUUUGACAGCCAGUUUUCGCAACUAAUAUCGAUGUACUGCACUUGUAGGAAUUCAGCACAGAGAGAUAAAUUAAUCAUGAUUUUGAAUUUAUUAUCUAGCUGCUUGAAUUAAUGACUGCGGCAGAUUCCGAGGCAGAAAAAAAUAUUUUCUGUGUUGGUCAAUUAUUAACAUACCCCAGCCCAACCUCUUUAAAGGGGACACCUAUCCAGGUUACACUUGUCUCGGUUGCAAGGGUAUCUCCUGAAUAAAGGUAUUUAGAGGUAUUUAGAGGCUUUCAUGUAUUACUGCUAUAAACAACACAGCAGAUGUUCACCAACACAACUUUAUUCUGAACAACAUGUCUUCCUUCUCACUUUCCCAUCAUGCACCAUGUCGAGAUACCACAGGGAUAUGGCCUUCUAACACCUUCCCCCCAAUAAAAUAUCCAUUUUACGUUCAGUUAUAACUAUAUCUCUGCAGUGUUUUAUCUAGGCGUUCUGAACGUGUUCGUUUUACAAUAGUCAGUUCUAUAUUGGUGCAUUUAGUUUCCGAAGUCUUUGCGGUCUGUUUUGUGGCUUCACGUGCAUGCUCUGGUGGGUAGGAGGUGCUGAUUGGUCCUUGGGCUUCUGUUCUUCAGACUUCAGGGAUGGUUCCGUUAUUUUGACUUGCUUGUCUGGUUUUAGGUGUACACGGUUUCUUCUAAUUACUUUUCCUUCUACGUUUACGUCUUAUGAUCUGUACCCAUGACUCUGUGUUACAGUCCCUUUCUUCCACUCUUGUCCUUUGACUAAUGUUUCUGGCUUUACUCAAACAAUGUCACCAAGCUUUAGCUCAUUCAGAUCUCUGGCAGAUUUGUUAUAAUAAACGUCAGAUUUCUUGGUUUUCCUGGUUUCCCUCUUCUAACACUUUCUCUGCAAUUUUCGGUGUAAGUAAAGUUCCUCUGAUGGGUAUUUCUGUUCUUGUCGACGGUUAAGGAAUCUUUGUGCCGAAGAUGUUGUCAUAACAAUGGUGGGUGUGUUGUGCCAGCCAAGUAACGCUUCAUACGGAUUUAAUGCAGUUUUCUGUCUUCCUCAACAAUGUCUUUACAAUCUUCACACCAGAUUCAGAGUUUCCAUUACUCUGGCGGUGAUGAGGUGAAGAUUUGGUGUGUUUGAUGUUGUUUCGUUUACAGAACUGUGAGACUUCAACGGAGUCGUAAUCGUACCAUUGUCUGUGACGAUGUCCUCGGGAAUUCCCCAUCUUGCAAAAUUUUUUGCAUCAAAUUGAUGAUCUCAGCAGCAGUUUGGUGUCUCAUCAGGUCAAAUUCAAUCCAGUCUUUGUAAUAGUCAACCAAUACUAGAUAGUGUUUUCUCCGUCACUCGAAAAUAUCAGAACCGACUUUGGACCACGGACUGUUAGGAAUUUUAUGACUCAUCAGUGUUUCUUUUUAGUGCUUGGUUUGGAAAGCGUUGCAGGCUUCUCAUGUGGCAAUAAACUGCUUUAGUUGGUUGUUCAUCUUUGGCCACCAUAAGGAUGUUCUGGCGAGUCUAAGGGUUGAUUCUGUACCCAUAUGCGCUUGAUGUAGUUUGACAGUGAGUGUCUUCCUCAGGGCCACCGGAACUACGAUGCGAUCGUUCCUGUAAACAAUUCCACCACUGACCGACAGUUCGUCCUUGAUGCUCCAGUAGGGUAGAAUUUCAAUAGGGACGUUUCUUUUGUUGUUUGUCCAGCCUUUAGAGAUGUGGUGAACUACUGAUUGUAAUUCGGUGUCAUGGGCUGUUACCUCUGCAAUUUCAGCUAAACUAUUUGUUACGCUUUGAUCUUCACGAACCACUCGAGUUGUUUCAAUCUCAUGUUCAAACUUGCUUCGGUUUUGGCUUGUUGUUUGGGAUCUGCUAAGGGCGUCGGCAAUGAGAAGAUCUUUGCCUUUCACUAACUUAAACUCGAAGUCAUAUCCCAUGAUUCUGCAGAGCAUUCGCUGGAGUCUUACAGGACUAUCUGCUGUUGGUUUCUUCAAUACAGCAGCCAGUGGUUUGUGCUCAUUGUAAAUUGUCACUUUUCGACCAUAAGUGUAGUUGUGGAAUCUAGUGAGGCCAUAGGCAAUACUAAGCAUCUCUUUCUCAAUUUGACUAUAGCGUUUUUCAGUUUCAGUUAAUGCUCUCGAAGCAUACUGUAUAGGCUGAUUACCUUGCGUGAGGCAUACUCCUAACCCACUUGAUGAUGCGUCAAUUAGUAUUUCUACUGUCUCGACCGGGUUGAAGUAACUCAGUAAUGGUGCGUUUGAGAUGAGGGUCUUAAUUUCUUCAAAAGCUUUCUGUUCAUUUGCUUCUCAGAUGAACGCGGUUUCUUUUUUGAGCAAUGUUCGUAGCGGUUCUGACUUGGUUGACAAGUCCUUAGAAAAUCGUGAGAGGUAAGUUACGACAUUAAGUAAUCGUCCUGACUUCAUCUUUGUUUGAUGGAACAGGCAUUGAUUUAAUACAAUCUUCUUUCUUGGGGUCGGGUUUAACACCUUUGUUGGUCAGAAUCACACCCAUGUAGGACAAUUCAGUCUUCCUCAGUUGGAACUUGUCUUUGUUAAGUUUAAUAUUCUUCUUUUUGCAUCGUUCUAGCAAAGUUAACAGGCGUUUGUCAUGACUGACUGUUGCCUCUUCAAUGGUUUCACCAUCACCUCAGACCAGGAUGUCCUCAGCGAUUGUUUUCGCACCUUCUAACCCUUCUAAGUUCUCGUCGAUUCUUCUUUGAAAUUCUUCGGGAGCUACACUAAUGCCGAAAGGCAUUCUGUUCCAUUCCUUCCUUCCAAGAGGGGUAUUAGACGUCGUUAACAGAGAGCUUUCUUUAUCUAAUGGGAUGUGCCAAAAAGCAGACUUGAUAUCAGCUAAGGAAAAUACUUUAGCGUUGCUAACUUCUCUGAGCAGAUGAUCAACAGUUGGAAUUGGGUACUCAGAGCGCUUGAGUGCUGUGUUCAGUGGUCUGCUAUCUAUCCAUAGCCCUAUUUCAUUCUUAGCAGACGGUUUGUUUAGAACUGCGGGAGCACUCACCCAUUCCGUGGACUCAGUCACUUUCUCCAGUAUACCUUGUUGUUGGAGGUCUUGCACCUCAGCAAGGAAGUUGUUCUUAACAAACGGGGGGAUUUCCCUUAGAGCUAUUUUGCGUGGUGUUACAUCAUCCUUUGUGUAAAAAUGCAAUGUGCUCUCAAACUUCCCCACACUGUUAUCAAAUAUCUUAGGGUAGUUAUUCAGAAUGACUUCCAUCGAUAAAGGUGUUGACACCUCUGUGGCUGGUGGAGGAACACUUUUGGCUUAGCUGGUCCUACAACGGCAAUGUUCUCUCGCCAAAGUUCAAUGAGUUUUACAAUUUCUCAAUCAUCAAGACCAAUGAGGGGUGUCAGGGCCCUGUCAACAAUUCUAAACUGAAUAAUCACUUCUUCCUCGGUAGCAGGAUUAAAUAGAAGUCUUUUCUGGUUCCCAGUGUCUGUAUUUUUGUUUCUUCGUCAUACAGAGACAGAACAGGUUUGAAUGCAGCGUUGAGAUCCUGUAAAUCAUUAUCUUCACUUAUAUCCUUGUAUACAUUUACGCGAAGAAUACUACAUGUUUAGCCAGAGUCUAUCUGAAACUUCACAGGAAUUCGUUUCUUUGAUAGCAACAGGUUUGCAAAGGCUUUCUCCUCACCGUUCUGAUUCAGGACACAUAUUUUGUCCAGAACUUCAUAGUAGUGGUCGCCAUCUUCUUCUUCUACUUUCAGGACAAACGGUUUUUUCGACGAUUUCGAAUGUUUUGGAUCUGACCGUUUUCCUUGUCUCUCUCUUUCUAACCGCUUACACUCCUUUGAAUCUUGGUAGUGAUUUUUGAUCUUGCAUUUCCUGCAUACUGCUCCCCAAGCAGGACAGAGUUUUUUGUCUGAGACGCUAUGAGCUUCUUGGCACAGUAGUAGAAUUAAAGAAGAACAACUUCUGUUCAGCUUUAGUGUGUACUAUGAAAUAAGAUAAAAAACAUCAACUGGAAUAAUUUGAAACCCGGGUCAUUUGCUUCAUAGCCUACAUUCAUAUCCACUACAACGUCGUGGAGUGGCUGCCAAAUCCAGUAAUUUUUAAAUUUACAUGCACUCAUGCUGUAUCCCAUACAAUAUUUGAAAGCUAACCGUUUUGUUUCAGUGCUUAAUCCUAAUUACUGUAGAUAAGUGUUAAACUUGCGCUUUACUGUUUUGUUUGGUCAGCAAUUCUACCGGGUUAGUGGGGUCCUCUUCCAGUAUGGUUACGUUAAGAGCGUGAUGCGUUGUGUAAACCUCAUAAGGCGUCUAAUCUGCCUUCACCCGAUGAUAGCUAAUGCUAACCGUCCUUAAAUUUCAUAAGGACGCUAAUCUCGGGCGUAACCGCUGGGUUAGACUCCUGGUUGUUCUUAAAAGUCUUAAUAGGUGUAUAUUCUUGUAACACGUCCAAGAUCAACUUACUGAAAAACUCCACUUUGUCGUUAACCUGAUCAAAUUUCUAUUAGCUUCUAUUUGUCACAGUUGGCUUGGGUUUUGGUAUUGCUGAUCUGACUGUGAAGUGAAUAAGCAACUAGCAGCUGAUGGUACUGUGUGAUCAUCGCUCUGUCGUAUUAUUAUUAGAGACCAGAGUAACUUUCAUCGAUCGGUAAUGCAGGCAUAUCUGUAACACGACCUGCUGAUUUUUUGCUUCUGUUGGUGGAACCUUGGGAUUGUGCACUGACACUUUUCUGUGUUUCGAGUCACAACCCUCACAUAUCGUAGACCGCGCUUCACCGACACUUCUUUCCUGCGCACUGUCUAUUUUUCCUGUCACGAUCAUGUGGGCACUAAUUGUAGGCAUUGUACCAUGCAGAUUUCUCUUAGUUAAUACGAUUUUAUUAUUAAAAAAAAAAAAGUAGCAAAGUAGCGUGGCAUAUUUGAUUUUGGCAAGUCCGUCUUCAGUGCAGUUUUAUGCCUCCUGCUAUACAAAUUCACUUUUUGGCUUUUGCUGUUGUCUGCGUGUAUUCCUUUUUGUCUGCUUUAGUUUUUAUAUAAACGUUUUUUUUUAGAGCCCCCUUAAUACGGACACCAUGGCAUGCACUUUUGAUGCCCGUAUUACCCGGGUUCCAAUUGUACUUGGCGUGGCUUGAUAACACAUGUUCUUCAAAUACAUUAAUAAUUCAUGAGCUCAACAACCUAUCACGUCCGCUAAACUCCGUCACUAGCUCGUGUUUUAAACCCCUGUAAAACACUGUCAAACUUUAAAAAAUUUCAUCCUCAUUAGAAUUUUUAUGUAAAAAAUUCUAAUAAGGAUGAAAUUAUAUUUCAUUGCACGUGACCUAUGAAUAUCAGCACAGCAACUAAACGACAAAUGGUGGGUGAAUAUUUAAUGUUCCUUCAAAAUAACACACGCAGUAAAUUUACUAUUGCAAACAAUUAAAGUUUGUUCUUUCACCAGUUUCAUCAGCCAAAAGUUCAGUGACACAGCGGUAAUAUUGACUAUAGCAGUGUCCAAGGGUUGCACUCAAGAGUUGCCAGUAGUGAAUACGCAAGGCUCGAGUACUGGAUUUUUUUUACCAACCAUUCGGCCAUUCCAGAAAAAUUUUCUCAAAGAAUACUUUUUCAGUGGAAUAGUUGACUUUGAGGUACCAUUUUCAAUUAAAUUCCUCUCUUGCUCGGCAUUUUUAGGCUUCCGAAAAGCUCUGGAACAAGACGUUUUGUCCUCUUCUGUUAGUGUCGUUCGUAGACUGGAAAAUUUCUAAACACGUGUGAGAUUUGAUUUUCUUACGUAAUAAUUUCAUACGUAAUGUUUUUUUCGCAUGCUAAUUUCCAACGUUCACAAAAGUGCCAUUGUUAUCAACUCCAUUGAGAUACGCUUUUCCAGGAAUGGUUUUGAAGUUGUUCAAUAAACUCGCAGGUCGGGUUUUACCCCGAUAAAACCUGACCCGCGUGUUUAUUAAACAUUUCUUUUAAAAAGAAAACCCACUGUGCUCUCUCAACAAGUCCUAAAGUAUACAUCUGUACUCUCUGUGGAUACUUUUGCUAUUUGCGCUUUCUUGGUGAUGAUGCCUAACCUAACCUACCCUUUCUAAUUACAUUUUUUGUUUACUCUUAGAAAGACGUUUUCAGUUCGCCUUCCAGACGCAAUGGAACGAACGGCUUCCAGCAUAAUUCAGUUUGUUCUCGAACAUGGAAUGAAUUCAAACAAAGUUCUCAACAAUAUAAACUAUUCCGACACGGAAAAUUAAGAGAUGAGUCCACUAACACAGAACAGUUUUAUACCAAGUAAGGAAGGACAACAAGGAAAUUAAAGUGAGCUUGAACGCAGCAGCAAUUCAGGCAAAAGAGCUGUGGUGCAGAGCAACUGUGGUACUGGUUACUAUCGUCACGACAAAACCCUUGAAAAAUA